AUGCCCGAACCCUCUCCUCAGCUGAAGGGUCUGAAGAAAGUGCUCACCAACAGGCGCCGCUCAUCAGAGCCCGUCAUUGACGAGACAAUACGAGACCUGCGAACCGAUUCCCUCGACUCGAUCACCAUUGAAAAGUCGCCCACAAGACAGAGUGCACGGUCGAUAAGUCAGGAUGGUAGCAACAAGUCUGGCAGUAGCGGCGUGCGCAAGCUGUUGCCUGGCCACAGCAAGCGGCAGAGGAGGAGACUGCGCGAGGCCGAGUUGAAGGCUGCAGUCGAAGAUCUUGCCAGAGGACGGACUGGAACUGGCUUGAGCGCCAUGACAAGUCCGCAGCCUGCUUUGAGUAGGCGUGCGAGCAGCCACGGUGGUGAGGCCGAUGCGGGUCUACUCACCGACGAUUCAGAAAUCGAAACGCCUCCUCUCGUCACUCGUGACUCUCAUACGGGAUUCGCAUCGAUGUCUUCGCCUCUGAUAUCCACCACAACCACACGCAGUGAUGGCGAUAGUCUCCAGAGCCCCGUCAAGGGACUAUCAAUAGACAAGAUCCCCACACUGAUUGAGCCUGCAGAAGAGGUCUCUGGUUCCCCUUCUCCGAAAUCCACGCCUGUUCCAGAGUCAGGUCCAGCCUCGCCGUUUGCAGCUGGGCUGGUUGAUCGAGCAGACACAUUGCAGCCAGAUUCUCGGAGAAACAGCGUCAGCACUCGAGGCAAAUCACCCGUACGAAGGUUUAGAGAUGUGUUUGGGAAGCAGGGUAAGAGUCCGAAAGUCAGUCCUGAGAGGAGGGAAACCAUGCCUGCCAUGGGUGCCACAGGCAAUGAGAGUAGCAUUAUGCGAUCCAACACCGAGGUACAGGCCAACAAUGAGCCCAAGCCCGUUGAUGCACCUCCACCAGUGCCACCAGUGCCGGCUAUACCUCAAACCAGUUCGAUGCCGAACCUUGAAACUUCCCUCCGACCACUUACACCUCCUGCACGCGUCAUCGACACCCCCGUCACGACCGUCACACCUCCGACUCCGACCGAUACUCGGUUUGAAGGGUCAACAGGGUCUCCGAAGUCGGAAACGCCAGUUGCGAGAGCCGGACCGGAUGGCUCGAACAUCGUGGUAAGCUCAUCUGGGAACAUGAUCUCACAUCGGAGGAUUCGGUCGACGUCCUCCACGACACAUCAACCCAGCAAGCUCUCUACCUCUGUCACCGCGCCCUUGACGCCCACGGACGACAAGAGAACACCAUCGGGGGGCAUCUUCUCCUCAUGGGUAUCUGCAGCACAAAAUGCUGCGACGACCAUAACAAACCUGACUGGCCAAAAUCGCAAUCGUUCAGGUACCAAUGCCUCGGACCCAGCUGUUAAACCAAAAACCGUCGAAGAACCCAUCAAAGAAGAAGAGGAAGUGUCCGAGCCCGAGACACUACGCAGACAGCUCGCGGUGGAGACUCUAGGGUCAGGAGACCUUAAUUUUGAGCAUUUGGGUUUGACUAUCGACGAUGCGGGUGCGUCUGCCCCGAAAUCCGAGCUUUCCGAGCUGCGGAAAGACAGCACGCUCGAGAAAGACGUGGCGGCAGCCAAGGUGGAGGACACACUUGCUAAACGCGCAGUCUCAGCUGCAUAUGAGAAAAUAUCUGCCACAUCAACGCCCGUGGCCGAGAUACCAGACCCGUUGGGCAGUAGCAUGAGGCAUGCCCAAAACAUCGCCGCAGCAAACAACGGAGAGCGGACGCCUCCCAAUGGCAGUGUCUUUGAGAGCGAAGUGGGAUCGAUCAAACGAACGGGUAGCGUCCGCAGUAAAAUGAAGCGCCGGUCGCGAGGCUCGUCCACUGCAACGGGUCAGUCCGCCAUUGGGGCUAUGAUAGGAGCUAGCACUGCGACGUUGGCGAACCCAGCUACAGGACCUCGUCUGACCGGCUUCACAAUGGCUCCCAAGCAGCGCAAUCGCAACUUUCAUCAGCAGUUUCGAAGUGUCCCCGAGGAUGACUAUCUGAUUGAGGACUACAGCUGUGCCUUGCAGAAGGAGAUUUUGUUAGCCGGCAGGAUUUACAUAUCCGAGGGCCACAUAUGCUUCUUCAGCAACAUCCUUGGCUGGGUUACGACGGUCGUCAUCUCCUUCGAGGAAGUGGUAAGCAUAGAGCGCGAGAGCACAGCUGUGGUGUUUCCAAAUGCCAUUGCCAUCCAGACGCUGCAUGCGCGUCAUACUUUUCGAAGUCUGCUUUACCGAGAGCAGACGUACGAGCUGCUCAUUGGAAUAUGGCGUGUCAGCCACCCAGCGAGUUUCCAGAAGAGUAUCAACGGCAAACAGCUGGCUGCCGAGGAAGCCAGUGUUGCUCCUGUGGUAGAAGAUGGAGCAAGUGGUCAACCUAGUGAGGGGAGCACUACUGAAGAAUCAGGUUCCGAAGACGAUGACAGCGCCCCGAGUCUUUUGGACAGCAGUGCCAGUGCUGCUGGCAGCGACGUUGCGGAUGCCAAGGUUGUGUCUAGGAAACCAUCUGGCAUGAAUGCAAGCGCUGUUGCUCAAACGGCUAGCAUUCUGGCGGGCACAGCGGGCGAUGUCCCACAACCCCUUGCUGCCCAAGCUGGAUUGCCCGAGGCAGCUAAGGACUUCCCUGGCCCAGCAACACAUGUACCAACCGAAUGCUCGGACGGCGGCACCCACUACGACAAGAUCAUCAAGGAUGAGGUUAUCCCUGCUCCUCUGGGCAAGAUAUACUCUCUUUUGUAUGGUCCCGAGUCGGGCUUUUUCGUCCGCAAGUUCUUGGCCGACGAGUGUAAAUGCACAGAAGUCGUCUUCGAGGACGAUAAGAAAGGCCUAAACAACGACAUCAAAAGCCGGCAGUAUUCGUAUAUCAAGCCGCUCGGCGGCAGCAUUGGCCCUAAGCAAACGAAAUGUAUCACGACGGAAAAUCUGGAUGCCUUUGAUCUAGAAAAGUCGGUAAGCGUCACAUGUUCCACGCAGACGCCUGAUGUGCCCAGCGGAAGCGCAUUCAGCACCAAAACUCGCUAUUGUCUCUCUUGGGCUCCGGGCAAUCAAACCAGAUUGCAAAUGAACUGUACAGUCGAAUGGACCGCAAAGUCAUGGCUGAAAGGACCAAUCGAAAAGGGUGCCGCUGAUGGUCAGCAGCAAUAUGGUGACCAGCUGAUGAAGGUGCUCAAGAGUGCGGUUAGUGGCCGUCCUAGGGGAACGACCAACGCCAGCAAGGGAUCGAAGUUGAUCAAGAAGAAGCGCAAAGGUGAAAAGAAAGCCAAGGAAGAGAUCCAGCAGGAGGAAAAGACACAAGCUCCAAAUUGGGGCGUCUUCGAGCCAUUGAGAGGCCCUCUCACGCCCGUGACCGACAUCCUAAGGCCGGUGCUGAAGAUGGAGGCCGUUGUCGCAAUACUGUGUGUUAUGGUCGUGCUUUUGUGGAUUCGUGGACCCAGCACCUCAACCCAAUUAAGUCCGCACAGCUCGCACUCCAGUCGGAUGGCAGCAUACGACAGCAUAUGGGUGCGGGAAGAGAACGAGUUUUGGGACUGGCUCGAGUCUCGCGCGAGCGUUGACACAGUCGUGCUCCGACAGCAGUCUGGCGCGAAUCAGCGCCGCAACAAGAACGAGGCCAGUGUCCUCGCAAAGCAAAAGUUAAAGCAACAGAGGCAAGGACGUCCGAAGUCUGCAUCGAGUCUAGAUGUGGAAGACCAGAUCAAAGCGGAGAAAAUCAGCCAGAGGGAGUUGGAGGAUGCAAUUCGGAUCACCAAGGAGAGGCUAGAGGUUUUAGAGACUGUAGUGGACAAGAAGAAAAGGGAGAAGAGGUAG